AUGGCUGCUGCUUCAGCGCGGUGUCUCCGGGCGAGAAGGGGCUUGCUGCUGCCUCCAGCAGCAGCAGCAGAUUCAGCAGCAGCAGCAGCUUCAGCAGCAGCAACAAGAAAGUCGGCACCAGUUGCUGCAGCAGCAAACACGCACGCACAUUACCAGCAGCAGCAGCAGCAGCAGCAGCAGCAGCACCUGUUGCGCUGCAGCAUUCGUAUUAAGGCCGCGUUUAAAGGCAGCAGAAGCAGCAGUGCAGCAGUGCUCAUGCAGCAGCAGCAGCAGCAGCAGCGGCGCCCGCCUGUUGCUGCUGGCAGCAGCAGCAGAAGGGCAGCAGCAGUCUCGAGUGGGAGCCGCAGCGGCAGCGCCUCUGCAGCAGCAGCAACUCAGCAGCAGCAGCAGCAGCAGCAGCGAAGGUCACUGCAGCGAAAGAGGCAGCAAACCUUUCAUGUCUCGGACAUACCAGAGGCUGCUCUUGCUGCGCACCCGUCGCUGGCUCGCGAGCUGCUGCUGCUGCAGCAGGCAGAAGCAGAAAUAGAAAAGGGGACAGAGCAGCUAACAGCAACUUUGAGAGACACAGUAAACCCCUGCUUAACAGCAAACGCCAAUAGGCAGGCUGAACGUGCUGCUGCUGCUGCUGCUGCUGCUGCUGCUUAG